AUGUGCACUGCCGCACGUCUUGACUUGGGACUUCCAAGUUCAUUCGAUGUCCACUUGAGCCGUCGCGCCGAGUGGAAUUCUUCACUUGAGGCGGACAUAUUUUGGCACUAUCAUCCCGAAAAGCGUAAUAUAUAUCUUCAUGCACUUCAUCAAUCAUCUAUGGAAGAUCCUGAAAAUCCUGAUUUCAUUGGAGCACAGCUCCCGCCGGUGGGUGGAGAAAGACACCCGGACCUUCAAGUCGGUAAGAGGGCAUUCAUUAUCAUGCAAAUGAACACCACCAUCACAUUCAUCGGUGCCCGACGUACAAACACGAUCAACAUAGUGUUAAGAGACGAUCCGGAUUGCGGCACAGGACUUCACUUCGUGGAUCCGACCAAUUUGACCCGUGUGGUGGCAGCCAUAUCCCAAAAGGAUCAUCUCAUAAUUGCCAGCCCUUGUUGGGGCCUUGUGAGGCGGACACAGAUCCAAAUUACCUUUUUUCUCCCACCAAAAUCAUACGAGUUGCAUGUUGUAACGGACAAAGGCGGCGUGUGCACUUGCGUGUCUGUGUGA